GGUUCUAGAGAGCCUGAAAGCGAAUUCUGCCUGUGCUAAAGUGAAGCAGCUAACCGAGCUAAGGUGGAUUAUAGCAGACAUACAGUCUAACUUCCUGUUUUGCAGCCCAAAACAUUCGGGUGGGAUUAGCAAGAACUCUUUUCAUUCCGUGCGCUAUUCUCUGGUCUGUAUUACCGGCCAGCUACUUUUUUAACUGUCGAAACGUGUCGAAUUAGAUUUUUUUGGAUGGAUCUAAACUGGAAGAGAAGAGCAUGGACAGCUCAGUGACCCUGUGGCAGUUCCUGCUGCAGCUCCUCCUGGACCCCAGCAAUGACCAGCUCAUCUGCUGGACCAAUGAGGACGGGGAGUUCAAGCUGCUGCAGGCGGAGGAGGUGGCCAAGCUGUGGGGGGCUCGCAAGAACAAACCCAGCAUGAACUACGACAAACUGAGCCGGGCCCUGCGCUACUACUACGACAAGAACAUCAUCAAGAAAGUGAAUGGCCAGAAGUUUGUUUACCGCUUUGUGUCGUACCCGGACAUCCUAAAAGGUGAUGUCAUGGCCAGAACUGAGGGGGCUGGUGAAGGUGUCACAGGAUGCGCGUCCCUUGCACUGCCCGACAAAGCCACCAGCACCUUGAGGGACAGCAAGGACAACAAAGCAGCAGGAGAACGGGGCUCUGGAGCUCAAGGCCAGCCAAAACCCUCUAGUCGGAAUGACUAUAUCCACUCAGGUCUGUACACCUCCUUCACCCUGACCUCUCUGCAGUCAGGAACGCAGCUCUUCAAGUCCAUCAAGAUGGAAAAUCCUGGAGAAAAGCUGGCUGAGAAGAAAGCGGCCCAGGAGCCUCCACAGCCAUCUUCGGUCAUUAAAUUUGGGACUACUCCUCCAAGUAGACCUUUGCUGCAGGCUGCAGAGAAGCCAGCCCUGCCGGUGCAUCCCCUCCAAGCCCCACUCCAGAUGUCCGAGCCCGAGAACAAGCAGCCGACUGGCCAGCCUGUGGUAUGCUCGCUUGAUUUGGCCACUGCCACAGAGGCGGCUCCGGCGGCUCUCCCUAUCUCAGGGAUUUCUCCUCCGCUGCCCUGCCGCUCGCCCUCCCCCAACACACUGACUGACUCUCAGGAGCUGGUGAUCGACACUGACAUCGAGUCCAUCUCCUCCCAGCCCUCCGAGCUUCAGCUGCAGGUCCAGCCCCCUUCUGUGUCCAGUGACACCAUUCAAACACCGGAGUCUGGAUGUUCCGAACUGUCGCUGUCUCCAGCCCGCAGCCAGAGCGGCAAGUCGAAAAAGCCCAAAGUCCUUGAGCUGAGGCCAACACUGCUGGUGACCAGUUCGGACUUGAGCCCCCUCAACCUCUCCAGUCCUUCCCUGCCCACGGCCUCUCUCACCCCAGCCUUCCUGCAGACGCCCCUGCUGCUCACACCCAGCCCUCUACUCUCCAACAUCCACUUCUGGAGCACGCUCAGUCCAGUCGCCCCUCUCAGCCCUGCCCGCAGACAGGGGGCACACACCCUCUUUCAGUUCCCCUCUGUCCUGAGCUCCACCCAGAUAUCCGUACCAGUACACAGUCUAGACGGCACCAACACACCAGGUCCUCUCUCUCCAGACCCACAGAAGACCUAGAUAAAAGACUGCUGGUGUCGGUGGGUUUGCCUCUGCACAAACGUGCAUCAUCCCCAGCCCCUGUUUUUAUACAUUAAGAUGCAGAUGCAACCUCAAGCCUGUUGACCAAAUUUGCCCCUCUUGCGGUAAAGAGGACGAGUAUUCAAGAUAUUCAUUGCAGGUUAUGGGUUCUGCUCCUGGAAGGUUCUCUCUCUCACAACAUCCUCUUUGCUCAAAUGGACAAGAGGUAAUCAGAGUGUAUGUGUUAGAUGAGCACAUACUUCCCAAAGGAUUAUCAUUAACAUCUGUUGUUUUGGUUGCAUUUCUCUGUGCUAUCUUUAUCGGAGCUGAGGUUGGCUUUCAGCGAAUCAGCAUACUGACUGACCGUGCUGUAGUUUAGACACAAAAACAUGGUUGUGUUUUUUAUAUAUAUAUAUAUAUAUAAACAUGGUAUCAGUGGAGCCUCAUUGUUCAAAGACUACAUGAUGUUCAAUCAGGAUGCUCUUCGUUGAGCUUUGUUGGAAAGGAGUUCUUUUUAUGUAUUACAGUGAUUCUCAUGAGGUGGGAAUAUUUUCUUUCUCUUAGUUUACAUCAUGAGGUAUUAUGAGGGGGGUGAUUUUAAUCAUUUAUCCAGUCUAACCAUGUACCACCUUUUCACCUGCCUUUUGGGAGAAACUGUCUUUGCCAAGCCAAACCUCCCCUUCUUUGCCUUCUAACUUAGGGUGACACUUGCUAACUUUUGAACAGACUUUUUCCUCACAUCGCACCUGUUGCCAUAUAUUUCCAAGCACCUUGUCAUAACUGCCAGAAGAGCUCAGAUCAGCCAGGCAAAGACGCACAUAGACACAGAAAUAGCUGCACUAACAUCAUCUCAAGGACUCUUAGAAAUCUCUUCAGAAUGCCUAGAGAUUAUAGCCUAUAGUUUAGUUGUGGAAUAAGAGACCACAAGGAUCAGAUGCUUAUUUUUGUAUCUUUAGAAGUGCUUUCAAGACUGUUCUAACGGAAUAUAUUAUAGGAAUUACAAAUGAGGUUCAGCCAUCUAAAUGAAUGUGGGCAUCCAAAUUCAUAAACUGUAUGAUGGACAUGUUAAGAAUCUAUUAUAAAUUUCACCUACAGAAGUAAAACAGAAAGGAAAAUAAGCCUUAUGUGCAUACAUAUGUCAAAUAUCCAAAUAUACUUUACCUUUGUUUUGGUGCUUUUACUACGACACAUUGAGAAAAUGUGCUAAUUUCCAGCAAAUUGCAGAUUACCGCGCGUGUUUAGCUAAGAUUACUGCAGUGUUUGUCUCUUUUGCAAAAUUAAUUAUUUUCCAGUAGGUAAGCAAGCAAAUGCCAUUCAUUAUGCUCCUUUGGCAUAUGAUCAAAUACAGGAAAUUGAUAUUUACUUGUUGCACAGUGCAAAACCCUACCUCUGAAACUCAAAUUAGGAUCUCAGCAAGCCAUGAUUAAAACUGACAGCACUUACUCAGAAAUGCAAAACUGGAUAACGGCUACACGAAGCCGUGACAAAACAUCACGUUACUCAUUAGUUCAAACCAUAAGUGUGCACUUGGAAAGCAGCAUUCGGAGAGGAACUUGACUUUACAUAGUCCUUUAUUACUGUACCGCUUGAAGUGCAGUGGUGAGAGGUGGUGAAACAUUAAAAAAAAAAAGAGAUAUGAAAUAAAAUAGAAGCCAUUAAGCAUCUCAGAAAUUGGUCUCAGGAAUUUUAAACGCUUUCCCAUAGCACUUAGCAAAGCUAUAGAGCUCUUGGGGCGCUUUCAGACCUACCUCGUUUGGUUGAGUUUUUCGAGUCCUGGUGCAUUUGCUUCCUUAGUUAGAGCAUGUUAUUCGAGCUCGGGCGCGGCCCAAUUAAGAUGUACUGCGGCACUAAUCGAGGUGUGGGCUGUCUCUCAGAUUGACCCCCAAGUGCAUUACUAUGUAUGGAUGGAAAGUGAGUCACCUGAUUACUUCAUAAAGAGAUUAAAUAGACGAGACUACCUGCUCAACUUCUAUAGCACAGCCAAAAGCCAAACAACCUCACAGCGUAUUACACAUUUAAACAUUGAAAAUUACAGGGAGAUUCACUCGAAAGAGGCCCCAAAUAUGCGAACUAGUAAUAAUAAUAAUGUGCAACUAGUAGUAAUAAUUCUCAUUUACAUAUGAAUCUUAAAAUGGAUGCCUAUUUGGCAGAUUUCAAAUUUUUGUUGUCGGUUUGAUUCUCGGUUUAAGGCGCAUGUUUACUACAUAAAAACAAGGGCUUGAUUUUUUUUUUCUCCGACAUCUGAUAAAGUCGAACGGAUUGAAAAUAUACUGUUAGAAACUAUGAAUACUAGGGAUGCAUCGAUACCAAUACUCGUCCAAUAUAUCGGUCCAAUACCGUGCUCAUUUACUCGUACCGAACCUCAAACAUUCACCAAGACCGGCUGAUACCAUGUGACAUAAGCCGAGUGUACAAUAGCGCACUAAUGAACAAAUGACUCAUACAGAGAUGUGUAAUGGACUCCGUUGUGGUCAGACACAAAGCCAGUGGUUACAUUCUGCCUUGACAUAUUCACACCAGGAAUUCACUGUGAUUUUUAGCCCAUUUUGAACACUCACAAUCACAGCCACUUCCGCAACAUAGGUGGAAAACGAAAAGGCAAAAAAGUCAACAUUUGGUUCCGAAGUCCGUAUAUGCCGACUUUACCAGAUUCACUGAAUAGAACUGCGAGGUGUAAAUGUUUAUAGGUUUUAUCACCAAAUCU